CGCCCCUACGCUACCUAGAAGAUGGACGUCGAGCCGCUCUAGGCAUUGCGACGAGGAUAACUAUCUUUUAUAUAACAGUGCAAGUUUACUUCAGACACGCUUUUAAUAUAACGUUAUAGUAWUAACAAACUUAUGUUGCUGAAUUUUCCAGAACAUUUUUAUUCAUCACUGUCAGUAUAUUUUGCUUUCUAGCWAGCAUUACGGAUACAAUUGACGUUAGCUUGCCUGCUAACGUAGCUAGCCAGCUAACGUUAGUUAAUUUUUCCGCCUUAACUAACGUCAGUGAGCUAGCUAGCUGACUUGUCAAUAACUAAGUUGACGCAUUGUUAUCACUAUGAUAGUAACAAGUAGGUAGGAUUGCUAAAGGCUCGCUACUUCUCUUUCACGUUUGACUAACUAAUAGCUAGUUCAAAGAAUUUGCUAGCUACUGAAGUUGCGUWAUUCUCAGGCGGCGCUAGCUGGUCACCGUAGUAACUACCUAGCUAUGGCAUCCAGGCGAGGAAAUUGUAAUAGCGGCGUGGAUUCUCCGUUGAGUGUCAAUAGCACAACCGGUGGUCCUAAUCGUAAACAAAGUAUAAUCAACGCCCCAAACAGAUCUGGGACUACUCCUUGUUAUGAUCGUAAAGUAGGGAAGGCUGAGUAUGGGCACCAAGCAUGCCAGGGCAACAUGACUGUAUCCUCACUGAAGACACGUCUAGCCCCGACCAUUCAAACCACGUUAACCGCUGCUGUGGAUACCCUCUUGGGCGAGGUAGUACUUGUACUCAACGAGACCCAACAAGAGCUGGUUAACAAGGAGCAGGAGAACGAAAGACUYAAAGUGGAAUUGAGGACGUUACAGGAAUGUCUUAGCAGCGCCCAAAAGUUAAUCGACCAGUUGCAAAUUCCUUUCCCCGGUGCACAGACCAUGGGUCAGUCGGUUUUCGCCCCGUCUCUCACAUCUAUUGGCUCUAUGAACACAGCUAUGGACAGGGAUCGCCAGAGCAAUCGUAAUGUGAACGGUGCGGACGGCCGGUGUGUUUCCGGGGUUGACCUAGAGAUGGGUGGCUCUCUCAGUGAGUCUCUGCAUGCUUAUGACUCCAGGGAUGACUAUAAAAUGUGUCAGCUCUCAAUCCAAUCAGACGGCUCUGUGACCAACCAUUCUAUGGACUCCUAUGCUGCCAACACACCUAACAUCUGCUCUGACCCCAGCCGGCCAGAUGAGAGGCGGCAGCAGCAGGGGACCCAAGCAGUAGGACCAAGGUUUGAGAUCAAAGAAGAGCAAGGGCCUGGUCCAAGUUCAGGUCCAGGGCAGACCUGCAGUAGAGGGGCAGGGCUGAGGAGUGCCGGGGGUGCUGGUGGUGGUGACCAGACUGCCCCGAAUGUGGAUGAUCUGGGAUACAUCCAUGUGGUGGAGCAGGAGGGGUCAUCACGCUCCAGCAGCUACUCUCUCCGCCAACCAAAACCCAUGCGGCCACGUGCUGCUACCUUUGGUCCGGCUCAGGGGGGACUGGCAGGACAGAAAGCGGUGUUGAGGUCCCCUGGAGCAGUAGGAAGUGACAGCAUGUCCCCAGGUAGGGCAGGAGGGACAGCAGGACCAUCCACCUCUCCAGGAGACCCAGACGCAGAUCGCCCCCACCACUGUCUAGAGUGUGGGAAGACCUUCCGCCUCAUCUCCAGCCUGAAGAAGCACAUCCGCAUCCACACGGGAGAGAAGCCCUACCCAUGUGGGGUGUGUGGCCGCCGCUUCCGGGAGUCCGGGGCCCUGAAAACCCACCUUCGGAUUCACACCGGCGAGAAGCCCUACUCCUGCUCUGAWUGYCCUAAAAUCUUCCGCCAYYUAGACGGCCUGCGCAAGCACCAGCGCACCCACACUGGUGACAAGCCCUACGUGUGUGCCAUCUGUGGCAAGCGUCUGAGCCGACUGCAGCACCUGAAGCACCACCAGCGCAUCCACACCGGAGAGAAACCCUGCAGCUGCCCUUUCUGCAACCGCACCUUCAAGGAGCCGGCGGCGUUGCGCAAGCAUGUCCGCACUCACCGUGAAGAGUCUGGCCACAUGGAGGCAGGCGUGGGAGACGACCCGGACCCAGAAGCCCUGGACAACAUCAACAGCCUCCACCCUGCUGCCCCCUCCCCUCAGAUGAGGUUUGAUGAGUGGGGAGCCGAAGGGGAUGAUGUGGACUGUGUGUAGGAUGGGCUCAUCCUUCUGUCUACUGCCUACAGCAUUAGAACAUGACGUUAAAAGAGUCUUCCUAUUCCAUUACUGUACUGUGUGAGAAAGCCUCCAUUCCUUUCCUGAGAAACAGGCUGUCUAUCUACAUCCUUAGUGUUGUCCAGUGACCAGGGUAGCCUAUUCUUUUCAGAGACACUUCAUUUGCCUGUCUGACCCUCUGACACAUCUAUCCUUUUAGUGCUUUAUAAUCUUAGAAAUGUGAAAGUAUUUUAUACAAUAUGAAAUGUACCUAUGUAUCAUGUCCCYCUUUCUCUCGUUGCUAAUGACCUUCCUAUACAACUCCCAACAACCUACCUAAACUGUGUUCGAAUACUCAUGCUAAACAUACUAUUUGUGACAUAAAUUGAGUAUGUAUUAUGCUUAUUGUUCAUAGUAUGGAUAUAAUUAGUAUACCUAAAGUUCCCGAAUGUCGUACUACAUUUGCCAAAAUAUGAAGUAUACAAGCUGUGGACACUAUUUCCAUGCUUAUAGGGCCCAUAAUGCAAUUUUUUUGAAAAU